AUGCACAACAUUAUGGCGGUUGCCAUGAAUAACGUGGGAUCGCACAUGAUUGUUUCCAACGAAGGUGGACAUGUUCUUUAUAUAAAUAUGAGUACAGAAACUGUAAUAUUCAAAUUUCGUGCAAACAGAACCGUUCGGGCAGUACAGUUUUCGCCGGAUGGGAGGUUUAUUGCAAUAUGUCGCGACAUGGAUUUGCAAAUUCAAGAGAUCGGAAAGCAGUCGACGUCGAUGUACUACCCGUUUCAUCUUUCUAUGACGUACAAGCUGUCAUCAGAGACGUUGAAUUGUGUUGACUGGUCGAGCGAUGGGUGCCUCGUUGUUGCUGGUGGAGAAGAUCACAUUGUUCGUGUAGUGGGUGCCCGUGAGUAUCGCAACCUCUUUAUUCAUCCCUUAGCUUCACAUCAGGGCCCUAUCGUAACUUGUCAAUUUAUUAACAAGAAUUAUGAUUUGAUAUCUGUAUGUAAACGUGGCAUUGCCAAUGUUUGGACGGCAUCGAUUCAACCAGGAGAUCUUGUCGAAGGAAAGUGGACAAAACCGGAAGAAAAUGAAAUGGAAAGCGAAGAUGAGUCGGUAACACGGCUUCACUAUGAGAAGACAAAGAGAUAUUCUCUUCUGGAAUCGUCCGGCAGUGGUAAAUCCGGAAUUGAUGUCACAUCAUGUCGUAUUCAUACACAUUCAAACAUCUUGGUGACGGCUUAUUCGAAUGGUGUGUUUGUUCUUCACGAAGUUCCAUCAUUUGCUCUCAUCCAUAAUUUACGGGUAUCAGACAUGCAGAUUACCAGCGUCGCAAUAAACAAGACAGGGGAUUGGUUGGCGCUUGGUUGCGGUAAAGGAUCAGCAGCGCAGUUGGUGGUGUGGGAGUGGCAAUCUGAGACAUAUGUCCUGAAACAGCAAGCUCACUCACAGCGUAUUCUUGCGGUACAGUAUUCGCCAGAUGGUUCAUUGCUAGCAACUGGAGCAGAGGAUGGAAAGGUAAAAAUAUGGAACGGACAUACAGCGUUCUGUACUGUAACGUUCGAUGAGCACACCUCAGCUGUGACAGCCGUCAGCUGGACGCAAAGUGGUAAAGCGAUUCUGAGCGCAUCUCUUGAUGGAACAGUACGAGCUCAUGAUUUGAAAAGGGUUUUUUCCGUGACCCUUGUAUGUCCCGAGCCAACACAGCUUGGCAGUUUAGCCGUAGAUCAAGCUGGUGAUAUAGUCGUAGCUGGAGCGAAGGAAGUGUUUAGUAUUUUUGUCUGGAGCAUGGAAAACGGGUCGCUGUUAGAUGUGCUGAGUGGGCAUCAGUCAAGUAUUGCCGAUAUAAGUAUGCAUGGAAACGCGUUGGCUAGUGUUGUGGAACAUCGUCGGUCGACUUCUACAUGUGAGGACGAUCUGAGGCAUCGGCACAAGAAUGGUGUAGCAGUGUCAUUCGCCUUGCGGAUGCGGGUGAAGCGUGUGCUCACGGUCGACUCAAACAUCACAAUUUAUCAUGCAAAGGAUAUGGGCUUCAUUGGAUCGAUUGAUGCCAGAUUAGAUCUGGACCCUUCAAGAGGACAAGGCCGACUUGAUCACCAGGCAAAAUGCUGCCAAGAGCAAUUCUCUCCUGACAGUGCGCUGUUGUUGCUGGGUGGAGAUUCGAACAAUUUCUGUUUGUAUUCGGUGGUAGAUCGUAUGCUUGUGAAGAAGUUCACGAUCACAGAAAAUCGCAGCCUCGACGGAGUC